AUGGAAAUGGAAAAAAAAUUGGAAGAGUAUAGAGCUAAACAGCAAAAAUUGAAUAGAACAAAUAGGUUCAGAGAUAAACUAAAAAAUAUAUUCUCUUAUAUAUUUGAACGAAAAAAAAAUGUCAAAGAUGGAGAACAAAAAGAAAACGAAGAUCAAUUUCGAAAGAUUGUUCCAUCUGUGAAAUUAUCCCAUCCAAAAAAAAGAAAAAUGGAUUAUUCGGAUGAAGCAAAGAGCCUUAUUAUAACUGAAGAUGCAUGCUCUGUUGAUGAAGAAAGUUUAUCAGAUGACAGUAUUUGGUGUUGUUCAUGGCUGCAACUCUUUUACUAUUUUCUUUAUUUUUUACUUUGGGGUCUAUUAUAUAUGAUAUUUAUCAAUUUACAAUUUGGUACCGUUUAUUUAAUUUUAUCAGCUUUAAUAUUGAUGUACUUAAAUACUGGAACAACUCCUAAAAAAUCUGGAGAAGUGAGUGCUUAUUCUGUUUUUAACAAAGAUUGUAUCAGUAUAGAUGGUACACUCAAAGCCGAACAGUUUGAGAGAGAGAUUAUGUUUGGAGCAGGCUCUGUAAGAUAGUUCAUUUACAGAAAUUAUGUACGGUUUUC